AUAGCUUUAUUACUGUAUUGUGUUCUGUCUCACUCCUCUUCUGAUGUGUGGCAGCUCCCCCUGCGCUGAGUGCCAUGGGUCUCCAUCAGACGCCUGCAGCUGUGACAGGGCCGCCGCUCGCCGCACACAGCGACGCAGCAGCAGUGUAUCCCGCUCACCCCGCACAGAUGCACAGGUACCCCUCACUACAGCCGGUCUAUCAGAGUGUGUCCGGCGCGCAGACGGCCCCUCCUGCGCAGACGCAGACGCAGCUGUACACACAGCCGUCUGCCGGCGCGGCUCAGCUGAGCCCCUCGUUAGCGUCGUUAAGCCUGCAGUCUCAGCCUCCAGAGGCCCUGAGGGCCGUUAACCUGCUGCAGGAGCGCAGCCUUCUUCCUCCAGGAGCCGUGCCUCCGCCGGUGCCCUGUCUGCCGCAGGACCUGCAGAAGAUAAACUGCAGCCCAGAGGUGUUCCGCUGUACUCUGACCAGCAUCCCGCAGACUCAGUCCCUGCUGAACAAAGCUAAGCUUCCCCUCGGCCUCCUGCUGCACCCCUUUAAAGACCUCUCACAACUGCCUGUGGUGACCUCCAGUAAUAUCGUGCGCUGCCGCUCCUGUCGGACCUACAUCAACCCGUUCGUGACCUUCCUGGACGCUAGAAGAUGGAAGUGCAACUUGUGUCACCGAGUCAAUGAUGUUCCAGAGGAGUUCAUGUAUAAUCCGGUCAGCGGAUUGUAUGGAGCGCCUCACAAAAGACCAGAGGUGCAGAACGCCACCAUCGAGUUCAUCGCCCCGUCAGAAUACAUGCUGAGGCCGCCGCAGCCCGCCGCUUACCUCUUCGUCCUGGACGUGUCUCAUAACGCGGUGGAGACCGGAUAUCUGGAUGUCGUCUGUCAGACGCUCCUGGAGAGCCUCGACUCGCUUCCCGGAGACACUCGGACGAAGAUCGGCUUCAUCACGUUCGACAGCAACAUUCAUUUCUACAACCUCCAGGAAGGCCUGUCGCAGCCUCAGAUGCUCAUCGUGUCAGACAUCGACGAUGUGUUUCUGCCGACGCCCGACAGCCUUCUGGUCAAUCUGAGCGAGUGCAGAGAGCUGGUCCAGGAUCUGCUGGCGAGUCUGCCGCAGAUGUUCGGUCAGACGAUGGAGACUCAGUCCGCUCUGGGUCCGGCGCUGCAGGCUGCCUUCAAGCUGCUGUCUCCCACCGGAGGACGCAUGACUGUGUUCCAGACGCAGCUGCCAACCAUCGGCAUCGGCGCGCUCAAGCCCAGAGAAGAGCCCAGCCACAGAGCCAACGCCAAGGACGUGCAGCAUCUCAGUCCUGCGACGGAUUUCUAUAAGAAGCUGGCUCUGGACUGUUCUGGUCAUCAUGUGGCGGUGGAUCUGUUCCUGCUGAGCGCACAGUACUCGGAUCUGUCCUCUCUGGGCUGUAUAUCCAGAUACUCGGCUGGAAGCGUCUAUUUCUACCCUUCAUACCACAAGCAGCACAGCCCGCCUCAGACGGAGCGUCUCCAGAAGGAUCUGAAGAGAUACCUGACGCGCAAGAUCGGCUUCGAGGCCGUGAUGAGGGUCCGCUGCACUAAAGGUCUGUCCAUACACACCUUCCACGGGAACUUCUUUGUGCGCUCCACCGAUCUGCUGUCUCUGCCCAACGUGAACCCCGACGCAGGCUUCGCCGUGCAGAUGAGCAUCGAGGAGAACCUGCUGGACCUGCAGACUGUGUCCUUCCAGGCCGCGCUGCUCUACACCUCCAGCAAAGGAGAGCGCAGGAUCCGCGUGCACACGCUGUGUUUGCCGGUGGUCAACUCUCUGUCAGACAUCUUCGCUGGAGCUGAUGUUCAGGCCAUCACUGCUCUUCUGGCCAGCAUGGCCGUGGAUCGCUGUGUGACGGCGAGUCUGAGUGACGCUCGUGACGCUCUGAUCAACGCUGCGAUUGACUCGCUGGCAUCCUUCCGCUCCUCAGUGCUGAGCAUCCAGCAGCCCGGCCUGCUGGCCCCCGCCUGCCUGCGUCUGUUCCCGCUCUACAUCCUGGCCCUGCUCAAACACAAAGCCUUCCGGACGAGCGGCAGCAGCCGGCUGGACGAGCGCGUGUUUGCCAUGUGUCAGCUGAAGCAGCAGCCGCUGGUGUACCUCAUGAUGAUGGUCCAUCCGGGCCUGUACCGUGUGGAUGAGCUGACAGAUGAGGGGGCUCUGAACAUCAGCGAUCGCACGAUUCCUCAGCCCAGAGCUCUUCAGCUGUCUGUGGAGAAGCUGAGCAAAGACGCGGCGUUCCUCAUGGACUGUGGCACCGUCAUGUAUCUGUGGGUCGGAAGAAACUGCAGCCCGGUUUUCCUCACAGAAGUGCUGGGAGUGGAGAGUCACGCUGCUGUUCCUCUCAACAUGAACCAGCUUCCAGAGCUGGACACGGCUCGAUCUUCACGACUGCGAGCGUUCGUCGACUGGCUGAGAGAACGCCGGCCGUGCCACGCCGUCCUGCACGUCAUCAGAGACGAGUCUCCGCUCAAGGCCGAGUUCAUGCAGAACAUGAUCGAGGAUCUGAGUGAAUCCGCUCUCUCCUACUACGAGUUCCUCCUGCACCUGCAGCAGCAGAUCUCCAAGUGAUCCCACAAUGCCCGGCUGGAGCCAGACGCAGACCUGCUGUCAGUAAAGCCCCGUCUGUGUCACACUACAGCUGUGUGUGAGGAGUGAUGCUCCUUUCUAAUGUGUCGCCUUUAACUAAAAAACGUAGGAAAAUGGUUUCUUAUGAAUUUCUUACGAGCUUUGUAAUUAGUGCUAUUCAGAAUUAGCGCUUUAUAAUUCGUGUGGUUUGUCACAGGUUUGUCUGUAUUCUUCAGUCAUUGUUUUAAUUGAUGAGGAAGGCAGUGCAGUUGAAUUCGAUAUAUCUGCCUUAAGUGGGACUCGGGCACAGAAGAAAUGCUUUGUAAGUGUGUGCCGUUUAACACGGGCAAAUUCAGACACGCGUGAUCUUUACACGUUAUAGAAAUAUGUGUAUUGAUGAAUCUAUAUUAUAUUCAAGAUUGUUAAUUUUUGUAAAAACAUUAUUCAGAUGAUGCAAGAUGGUAAAAUCAACGGCUUGGGACUUUUUUUUUUCUUAUGAAGAGAGAUUUUUUUUUAGAAUGGCUAAAUCUGUGAAAGCUUUAGGUGAAGUGAUCAGCUGCAGAGAAAUUUGAGAAGCUGAGCUUGAAAUAUAAUCCAAAAUACAGAGAUUUCUCUGCGGCCAAUAGAGUUUAAUGUUGAAUGUCUGGUUGUGAGUAGAGUACUGACGAAGGUAAGAGUAACACAAUAAUCCGAGCUGUCUUGAUUCUGUUCGCAGACGUUUCUUGGAUAAUCAGAUCCACCGUUCAGAGGGAUAUUUUUUUAUAUUUGAAAAAAUAAAUAAAAACUCGUUUCCUCUGCAGUUGUUCAGCUCAUUUUAGCCCACGUGACAACUGUGUUUUUGAGAAAUGAUUUGUAAAUUCUCUGCAAUUUUGUACAUGUGAACUUUCUGAAGGAAUGAAGUCAUUAAAGAGGAAGUCUCGUGUGAGCUCUCCUGAAUAUCUCCACUGUUUCCGGUUCCUUUGGUAUUUA